UUUGGCAGAAGGGGGCUUUGAACCCAGAUUUUUUGCUUAUUAAAAUAGCUUUAAAAAUUAGAUUAUAACAGCACUUCUCUUUUCUAGUCUGCUUCUUGGCCGUAUUUAACAGUCAGACAGCUCAUGCCGUAUUUGUGGAGAACGUCUUUCAUGGUACGCUCUGCUACCCCUACAUGGCUCUGAUGUGAGGAUGCGCUGUCUGGUGGCAAGAGUCAACCACAAGACUCUCAUAGUCAUCUGUGCAAUUUUCACUCUCAUUACUGUGCUGUUAUGGAACAAGUGCUCCAGCGACAUAUCCUUCCACACUCCAACCAAGCCCCAACCUGAGCCCGCACCCACGCUGGGGAACGAAGGGGACAAUGGACAGCCUCCGGAAGCGCCCCCGGUGGCCAGGGAGGUACAGUACGAGCAAAUCGAUUGCCUCAUAAAUGAGGAUGUAACGAUCAAGGGCCGCCGGGAAGGCAACGAGGUUUACCUGCCCUUCAGCUGGAUGGAGAAGUACUUUGAUGUGUAUGGACGUCUGGUGCAGCAUGAGGGUAUGGAGCGGUUUGAGUUCUCUCACAGCUACUCACGUGUGUAUGCCCAGAGGGAGCCCUAUCACCCAGAUGGUGUCUUUAUGUCAUUCGAGGGCUACAACGUGGAGGUGAGAGAUCGGGUGAAGUGCAUCAGUGGCGUGGAGGGUGUGCCCAUAUCCACACAGUGGGGCCCACAGGGCUACUUCUACCCAAUCCAGAUAGCUCAGUAUGGACUAAGUCACUACAGUAAGAAUCUUACAGAGAAAGCACCUGAGAUAAAGAACUAUGGUGUGGUAGAGGAGAGAGACGGCAGCCCCAAUCCCUGGAUGGUCCCUAAGGGCUGCUCCUUUACCAAGGUCCAUGACCCAGGCUACCCAUCCACUGUUCAUCAGUUCAGCACACCAGACAGUUCUGAGGGUGUAUCUCUGCCUCUGGACAACUCAAAAGACUUUGUUCUCUCCUUCGAUGUGAAGUUCACUUCCAAUGGUAGCCUGACGGUGGUGCUUGAGACAACAGAGAAAGGACCCCCUUAUGUCAUCCAAUACAUCACUAGCUCCCUUCUCAUUUCCUUUAAGGACAGGGAAGUUAUCUAUGGCAUUGGGCUCCGAACAGCUUGGAGUACACUGACUCGAGACUUGGUGACUGAUCUGCGUAAGGGAGUUGGCCUGUCCAACACAAAAGUGGUAAAGCCUACUCGGAUCAUGCCCCGACGUGUGGUCCAGCUGGGACUACACGGCUCAGGCUUCAUCAGCAACAUCACUAUCUCCUCCACAGCUCAUAUGGCUGCCUUCUUCGCUGCAAGUGAUUGGCUUCUCCAGAACCAGGAUGAGCGGGGAGGUUGGCCAAUAAAAGUGACUCGAAAGCUAGGGGAGGCCUUCAAGACCUUAGAGCCUGGCUGGUACUCAGCCAUGGCACAGGGCCAGGCCAUGUCUACGCUGGUGAGGGCUUACCUUGUCACACGUGACCCUGUGUACCUCAUUGCUGCCAUGCGGGCCACGGCACCUUUCAAACGGACCUCGGAGCAACACGGUGUGAAGGCCCUGUUCAUGAACAAGUACGACUGGUAUGAAGAGUACCCCACCACACCUAGCUCCUUCGUGCUCAAUGGCUUCAUUUACUCUCUGAUCGGACUGUACGAUGUGGCAGAAAUAGCAGGGGACAAAUUUGGCCGUGAGGCAGGUGUGCUGUUUGGCCGAGGAUUAGAGUCACUGAAAGCCAUGUUGCCGCUGUUUGAUACAGGUUCGGGAACUGUCUAUGACCUGAGACAUUUCACAUUGGGUGUGGCACCAAAUCUGGCACGCUGGGACUACCACACCACUCACAUAAACCAGCUGCAGCUGCUAGCUUCCAUAGAUAGCACUCCCAUUUUCAGAGAGUAUGCCAAGCGCUGGAAGACUUACCUGAAAGGGGGUCGUGCCAAGCACAACUAGGUUAGUUUCAAAAAAGAUAUGUGAUGUCCUGCAAGGUAACUUAUGUUAGAGACAGAAUCAUGGUGUGGAUUUAAAGACUUGUUGAAAUGUAAGCCAGUAGUCUAAGCUUUGUUCAGCUCAGAUAUAGAUGCACAGUUUGUGAAGUUAAUAAGCUUUCAUAACUCCAUUUCAAGGAGCAUUUCAGAGGAUUUGAUUUCUAUAUUUGAAAAAGUGUCCCACUGACAGCGACAGUGUGCAACUUUGCACAGUUGUUUAAUACUCGCAAAUUAGCGGCAACUCCUGAAAAGCAAUGCAGACACCUACAUGCACUUUAAGAAUAGCACAUCCAGUUUUGCUUAUUAAACUAUUGUUGAGUAGUAACAGAAGCAAAUACUAUGACUGUGGGUACGUGUACAAUUAAAUUGUGCAGUGGUGGGCAGUAAAUUGUUUUACUUCAUGAUGAGGAGUAGUGGCUGCAUUCAAGGUCUUGCUGGUGUGCAGUAGUUUUAAGCAGUGUAGCAUACGUUGUAUUUAUAUUUUCGUGAAAAUUCACUGUCAGUAUGUUUAUAUGCACGUAGAAUUUCAAUUUUGAGACACAGUUAAUGCAACACUGCAGAUGUGCUGGUGUUAUAACAUAGCUGUAUAGUUUUAUAUUGAGAAGCUUUGAAGUUUAAAUAAAAA